CUGCGGGACUCGGUCGGGGCAUUAAACGCUGCAGCAAAGCCGACUUCCUUACCUGGGCGCCCUGGGCGGGACCAGGCGGUGGCCGCUUCGGAGAAGCAGCACGGCUUCAAAGGGACGGGAGAACGCGGGGGAGCCAUUCCUAACGUCCAGACCUUCCUAGAUGAGAACAUGACAACUUCAGCGGAGUAUGGAAAAAUCACCUGGGAGCUCAGCGUCUAUGUGGACCAGAGGGAGGACGAUAGCCUCCGCACCCUGCGGGUGAAGGGGAGCGACCAUGUCGGUGGGCUCAUGCUCAAGCUGGUGGAGGAGAUAAAUGCUACGAGGGACUGGUCAGACUAUGCCUUGUGGUGGGAGCAGAAGAACAUCUGGCUGCUGAAGACGCAUUGGACUCUGGACAAGUAUGGGGUUCAGGCAGAUGCUAACCUGCUGUACACCCGUCAACACAAGCCGCUAUGUCUGCAGCUGCCCAACAUGAAGACCAUCAAGCUGAGUGUCAGCUUCUCAUCAGUGGUCUUCAAGACUGUCACUGAGAUUUGCAGAACUCUUAACAUCAGGAGACCAGAGGAACUUUCUUUGCUGAAACCUCUCGAUGACGCAUCGAAGAAAAAGAAAAAAGACAAGGGCAGGAAUCCCGCUAUCGACGAGGUCAUGAACAUAGAUGCCCUCGGGAUGCCAGGAAACACAGGUAACCCCGGAACUUACAGCAAAACCAUGACACCUACGUAUGACCCAGAGAGCGGAAACCCGAUCUCCAAAACGAGCCUGUGGUUUGGGCAGAACGAUCUGAUAGUCAGCCAGCCAAACCUGCCACCUGCUGAGCUGGCCAAGAUGUACAAGCCUUUGACUACAAUAGAGAAGGCAACUAUAAACUCGGGGUGGUUGGAUUCUUCUCGAUCGCUGAUGGAACAAGGCGUCCAGGAGGACGACAGGCUGCUGCUGCGUUUCAAGUACCACUGUUUCUUUGACCUCAACCCAAAAUAUGACUCCGUGCGUAUAAACCAGCUGUAUGAGCAGGCAAGAUGGGUCGUCCUGCUGGAGGAGAUCGACUGCACGGAGGAGGAGAUGUUCAUGUUUGCGUCCUUGCAGUACCACAUAUGCAAGUUGACUUUAUCAAAGGAGCCCCUAAAUCUCUCCGACGAGCCGGAGGUCGAUGAAGUGGAGGCAGCCCUGUCAAAUCUGGAGGUGACGCUCGAAGGAGGAAACGCGGACAAAAUCCUUGAGGACAUCACUGACAUUCCUAAGUUGGCGGAUUCCCUCAAGUUAUUCAGGCCCAAAAGACUGACUUUGAGACCAUACAAAGAGUACUGGUUUGUUUUUAAAGACACCACAAUAUCGUAUUAUAAGAACCGGGAGUCAUCCGCUGGGGAGCCGAUCGAGCAGCUACACCUGAGAGGCUGCGAGGUUGUGCCAGACGUCAACGUGGCGGAGAAGAAGUUUGGGAUCAAACUGCUGCUGCCGGUGGCGGACGGCAUGAACGAGGUGUACAUCCGCUGUGACAACGAGACGCAGUACGCCAAGUGGAAAGCGGCCUGCAUCCUGGCCUCCAAGGGCAAGACGAUGGCAUACAGCUCGUACAAGACCGAGGUGCGGAACAUCCAGUCCUUCUUGCAGAUGAAGAGCCUGGCGCCGACGCCAGAGUCUGCCCCCGAUGCUGACGCCUUGGACAUGAACGCCGAAUGCUUUGUCUCGCCCAGAUUCUCCAAAAAGUACAAGACGAAACAGUUAGCCACCAAGAUUCUGGAGGCCCAUCAGAAUGUCACUUCUCUGUCUCUCAUGGACGCUAAGAUGCGCUUCAUCCAAGCUUGGCAGUCCCUCCCAGAGUUCGGCAUUAAGUACUACAUUGUGAGAUUCCGAGGGAGCAAGAAGGACGAAAUUUUGGGAAUCUCGUACAAUCGGCUGAUCCGGAUCGACAUGUCUACCAAUCAGCCUGUGACCACCUGGAGGUUUUCCAGCAUGAAGCAGUGGAAUGUGAACUGGGAGAUUCGGCAGGUGACCAUCGACUUUGAUGGAAAUGUGCAAGUGGCCUUCGCCUGUCAGUCCUGCGACUGUAAGGUUGUUCAUGAGUUUAUUGGUGGCUACAUUUUCCUCUCCACUCGCUCCAAGGACCAGAACGAGACCUUAGAUGAAGAACUCUUCCACAAACUCACUGGCGGCCAAGAGUAGCCUCACAAUCACAAGAUGCCUUCGCUUCCAGUGAAGUUUCAGUUUCUGUACAUGUUAUGUGGACCAAGAUGGCUGCCAGUUAAGCUGUAGUAGUCUACUGCUAACCGAGAGCUGGAUUCCUGAUGGAAAGAAUGGUCACGGUUAUAUUACAUUCUUCAAAUGAAAGUGCCUUCGAUGUUACAAUAACACUGAUAAUUAUGUUCUUUCAUACAGUAUGUCAGUCUUUGCCAAGUACGCGUUCGGGUGAAUUUGUUUAGUUUAAUUCACGCAACUGACAGAAAGGAAAGCUGGUGCUUAUCAGAUUUAGUCAGUAAAGCUGGAUUUGUAGCACCAGAUUUGUAGUGCAGUCUUAUGUCAUUAGAUUCACUGAUAAUAACCCUUUGGGCAAACAAUAGAAAAUUUUAAAAACAAGAGCAAAGAUUUUCAGUUGUGAGCAUGUAAGUGCACUUAUUCUUUAGGAAUGCUGAAAUUAUGCAGCUUGAAAAAAAUGUACCAUCUGUUAUUUUGCAAUACACAAUAAAAGACAAUAAUGUACAA